GAGUGGCAGAUUCCGGGACCGGUGUUGACGCGGUCACACGCAGGUGCAACCGGAGCAAGUUUACGCUUCACGCGAAAGCACUUGUUUUAGCAACUAGGCGAAGGGAGCUUUACGCACGAGCUGUCGACGGCCCCGGUGUGUUAAGUGCCGACAUGUUUCCGUCUUCUAACCGGGUGAAACUUAACCGAGUCGCGUUAAAAGACGUCGCUGUUGCGGCGCCUCGGCGGAGACGAGCCCCGGGGUCGCCGAGCAACGUUGCCGCGCAGCCCGAAGAGCAAGUGCAACGACAAGACGCCUCCGCCCCCGGCAGCGAUGAAACGGUCCGCACCUUCCUCACGGACCGCAUGGGCCCAAGCAACAAGACAGGAGACACGGCCAGCAGAGCCGCUGAGGGGGAGCCGGGGGACGAUCGCGUAGGUCCGACAAAAGCAAAGAGAAGAAGGAAUCACCUUCAGUCACGCAGGGAAAGUGUGGACAGUGUGGAGCUCGAACAAGAGGGGGCCUACACCAGAGGCAAGUAUCUCCAGAGCAAGUGCAGACAAUAAUAAGAAUAGACACCCAAGCCCCGCUGGACUUGCUGGUUCAGAAGGGUCUUUAGGAAGAGCUGUCACAGCCUCCAGCUGUGAUCUCUGUGGGGACUGUACAUACACAUCCCCGCCGAAGAAGACACCCGAUAAGAAUGAGCAGGAAAGCAGCAGCCCAGGGCCAGAGCAAUCUACAGUUGGGUUAAAGAUUAAUAAAGGAAACCCUGUCACUGAGACCUCUAAGAAGAAAAUCAUAUGGAUAGACCAGUACCCGAAGGUAGCGCUUUGUGACGUAAUCCAAAAAUGUGACGUGAGCACUUACAAUUGUGGCUACGUGUUACCGGAGGUUCUCAAGUCGCAGGUUGUGCAUUGCUUCAAACGGGACAUGAGAGCUGGAUUUCGGUUUGCUCCCAGUUGUUUAGGGCAUAACAAGCAAAAAAGUGAGCAGAGUGCUGUGGCAAAAAAUGGCAAGUUUCGUCCCAAGGUUCAGACCCAGGAUAGCGUCUGUCAGUCUCCAAGUCUGACUGAACAUCAGAGACACCGGAAAGAACGCGCGGAUGCAGGGAUUUUAUGCAGUCGCAACACUCAUUUCCACAGGGGUUGGAUAGAUGAGGCGUCUGCAACUUGUUCUGCUUCUUUCUCAUUAGGUAAACCUACAAACGAGGGGGACUGCAGGACUAGAAUGUGGGACAGUGAUGUUGAGGGGGACCCUGGGCCACGAUGUGACCUCAUAGGAGCGGACUUUCGCAGAGACAAAAAAAUAAAGCUUGGCUAUAGCCUCACAGAUGGGAGUUUGCCUUCCACCCUUGACUCAGAAAGCAUUAGCUGCAGUGAUGCAGCAAAAACUCACGUUAUAGACAAAGAGAAAACAAGUUCUGGGACCUCUGGUGACAGUCAGUCAUGUCUAGAACUUGCAUCUGGGAGCUGUAGCACGAACAGUUCAAGAAUCAAGGAAAACUGCAUCCACGAGAAAUCUUGUGGUCAGAUAGGUGAACCCAGAGAAACUGAUGCAGCACAAAUCACAUCAGAACUCCUCUGCCAGAGGAACGAGGUGGACACCGAUGGACCAGAGUCAUUCACCUGCCAGAGAGUAAGGGGCUAUUGCAGAACAAUACGCUUUUCUUGUGCGCGGACAUACAUGUCUUGGCCUUUCUCUAACACCAAUCGUUCAUCUACAGCACAUGCUAGCACUGCAGCCCAUCAAGCAGAGCCCAUUCAUCCAUCUGCUAGAAAUGAUGGUGACUCUCCAGUGAAUCGAAAUCAGUCAGGUUCACCAAGCAGCCAAACCAAUGAUAUGCUCCCAAGCGCACCGCCAGACGAAUCUUCAAACACAACCCAGCAGGUUUUCCAUCAAAAUGAAGAUGAGCAAAAAGAGGAUGGAGAGCGAGCUAUUGCCAAGAGAAAUGGGAAAAGACACUGUGAUACAUCAUCAUACUCUUUGGACAGCAAUAACAUGGAGUUUACACCUCACUUUAGGGACGCUGAAGAGUCAUUAACCAGUCUGCUCUCGGACACGGCUACCCUCUCCCCCCCCGGUCAGUGUGGAGGAGAGCCUGGCACUGGCACAGCCUUGGCCUCAUCCACGGCAGUUAAUGGACCAGACACCGACAGCACUGCGUCUACCCCACCCCCCUCAGUGCUUGGCUUGAGUGACUGGGAAACAGCCACUGCUGUGUCGCCAACAUCAUCUCUCGUCACACACGGUGGUUUGAGCACACUCUCAGUUGCACCGUCCUCAUCCAAACACACCAUCAACGCUGUAGAAAAAACGUUGUUCUACUGUGAAGAAACCAAAAUGACUUCAUGUUGUUCUUCCCCCACAUCUCCAUCCGUUUCUUCACACAACUGUUUCUCCUUUAAUUCAUGCGAAUCCUUCCUCCUCCUACCUCAAGAUGAAGCAUGGGGUGAUGAAGAAUUCCAUGCAGGCAGAAGUCCACCAAUCCUGGAGCCGUAUUAUAAUGUAAAGCCUUUUAACCAGAACUACCUUGCUGGUUUUGGAAAACGCAGUUCAUCAUCACAAACCAGUACCAAGGAACAGUGUGUAGAAACAAACUCAAAUGAGUAUCUGCUUCCACCACUGCUCUCUCCUGUCAAUUCACCUCAAGGGCACUCGGGUACAAGCUCCCUGCUACUGAGCCAAUGCUGUUCAGAGGAGGAGGAGGAGGAGGAGGAGGAGAUAAACAAAGACACCAGCAAACACGAAAUGUUACCUGGACAUCACAUUCCGCAAAUUGGUAACAGUGAUCGUCUGCAUCUGUACCAUCACCAUUGUGAGGAGGAAGAAAUGGGAGGAGCCUCAUCCAAAGUUGAAUCUCUGAUGUUUCACAGCAUGGUCGGAGAUGUGAAAGGUGGUUUCAGAGAGGAAAGCCAGGAGGAGACUGAUUGCGAAGAUGAAGAGGACCAGGGUAAUGGGAAUUCUGAACAAGUUCCCUUCGCUCCUAAACCAACAGCAAAGCUUAUCUCCAGUGUUUUGACAGAACCCUGCUCUUCUCCCAGCAGCGAUGAUGGAUCACUUUCGUCUCAUAGAGACGCAAGACUCAGUCCAUCUGAAUUGGUGGGCAGUGAGUGGGAUAAAACUAAAGUGGAAGCAGCCGGCGACACUGAGGCCACCAUUUUGGAUGAAGUUACAGCUUAUGAACAGGAUAUCUUGCUUGUUGAUGUGAUCCAGGAUGACCCCGAACUGUUUGAAAACUUGCCUGAGAAAAGUCUGCUAAAACUGGGCCCUGCAAGGGUCUGUGAAGCCCCCAAACCUAGACCGACUGCAGUGGUGAAAGUGCUGUCGCCAAAGACGGAACAAAGAUUGUCACCAGUUAUUGUAGAUUUUCACAGUGACAGUCCUGAUAUCAAAGAGGGCAGUAAAAGCAGACCCUGGAGACCUCAGUGUAGCAGCAACCCUUCCACAGACGAGCAUACCAGACACAGGGGUCCGUCCGAUGCCAACAAUAAUCUUAUGAAGGGCGGCCUGGAAAGGAACCAGCCCCUCCAGAUGGUGAACUCCACCCGUAACACCCCCCUACUUCCGUACAUAAGAAAUGUUGUUGCAUGGCUGUUCCUUUGCUCCUCUGCUCUCUGCACAGGGCCGUGGAUCACAAAGCCGGCAAAUGUGACAGAUUGCAGGCGCCAGCAGCUUAAUUCUUACUGCAGACAGUACUUCAGUGAAUCUCUGUCCUGUGGCUUCAAGAUAUGUCGAUUCCAGCAUGUGCCUGUGGACGGGGAUGAGAAGUUCUGUGUUGAAACUGUGACACGGUUCAUUCAAAAUCCAAAGUGUCUCCAGAAAGCAGGAGCUGUGUUCACAGGCUACUACCAGAACAAUGCGCCAGGAGUGUAUUUCUCCAUGCCAGUGUGUCUGUCCCUCCUCUGGGCUCUGCUCAAAGCCAGCAUGGUGCCCGAGGUCCUCUCGGUCCUCGGUGUCAGCUUGGCCCACAAGAUAGCGCCUGGCCACGAGUACCUGCUGGCCCUCUUUAACUUUGUGAGAGACAAGGCUCUCGUGGGCUGUGUGCCUGAACUCUUGCAGCUCACAAUCAAGAUGGCGAGUGCAGGUCUAGUGCUGAGUUUGGAUUGGCUUGAAUGUGUGAAAAACACUCCAGAGUUCCAGCAAACGAUCCGUUCAAACUCUCCUCUGUCAGUACCUGCCAAGCUAUCUGCCUGUGCUCCCUUUCCUGAGUACCUGAAUUUGGCCCACUCCAUUGUGGAAAUCGAGCUUUGUACCAAGCAAGAGGACUGGAGGCGGAUGGGAAAGGUGUUCAGGUCUAUCUGCCAAUCCAGCCAUCAUCCCAACCAAGUGGAACAAGUCAGCGGUCGCAUUGCCAUAGCUCUCCUGUCCGAGAGCAAAGAUAAGCUGUCACUGCCCUUUGCUGCCUUUGCUGAGACAGUGUGUAAGAGUGAGUGUGACGGCUUCCUGCUCCAGAGUUUUCUAGGCAGAAUUGGCGUCUCGCUCAUGUUGAGAUACCACAAAACGCAUCAAUGGGCCAAGGGUCGGAGGGUGGUGGAGGUGCUGUCCGUGUCAAAAGUCAGCUACUCAACGCUGAAGGGUUUGUUUGGCAAUGAGGACGGAGCUUCGCGCUGUGUCCUGGUCACUGUGGCUACCGAGCUCUUCCUCCUGAGUGGCAGCGUGGAGGGAGCUCUGAACACACUCCGAGAAAACAAUUGGUUCCUGAGCUCGCACUCUUGGCCAUGCGAGCCUGCGGAUCUGGACAAUAGGAGUCACGUGUUGAUGCGUCUGGCUGAGAAAACCUCUCAUCGAGACACGCUGGAGGUUCUCUGCAAUCUCCCUGGACUCAAAGAGCCAAACGAGCUGAUUGAUAUCUCCAGGUACAGUCAUCUGUUUAACUCUCAUCUACAAGUGUGCGUGGACAGACAGGUCCUGCCUGUAGCCUCGGACACAGUGGACUUCAUGCUCUCUAACAACCUUGCAGUUGACCAGGCUGUGCUGCAGAUACUUUUGCACAAACUUGGCAAGCAAAACAUCUGGCUCCGUGCACGGGAAGUCUUCAGACACUCUCUGAGUGUGGGGUACUACACUGGCGUGUCGGCGCCGCCUGGUUUCCUGGCACUGAUCGUCCCCUGUCGACUGUGGGAAGUGGAGCUGGCUCUAGCCUUUGAGAUGUUCAUCGCUGUCAACGCAACAGAUAUCCUCCAACACUCAGACUCCUCCACUUCCUGUCUCAGCAUUACUCUUAAAAGGACUCAAAGUGGCGAAGGCGAGUACCUCUCAGCUGGAAGCCGCCUCCUCUCUGCAGCCUGUGUCCCUCAGCCAAAGCUGAAUGUUCACUACACAGCAGUUAACUCCUCACAGGAGCAAGUUUUCACUCUUGACAUUUCCUCUGCCCGACGUUGGCUCCGCCACAAUCAUCUGUGGGCCAACGAAGUGUGGACACAUUGACCCACACGGUUAUUCCCCCUGCAGUCCCUGGAAGUACUUGAAACUCCUUCCGUUCCUUGACUAUUGGAAAACAACCAAUGAAAUCAGGAAAUCUAACCGCAUUUCUGUCGUCUGUGUGUUUGCACAAUGUUAAUAUUUCAAUUAUCACCAACCAAAGACUGAUGCCAGAACUCUAAACCAUUAACCUAAGUUUUUUGUUGUUGUUAAAUCCUUGUUCAUUCCUGGGUUCUUUUAGCUGAUUUGUCACUCAGUGUUUGUGUGAUUUACUCUUUGAAAAACAAGCAUCAUUUUGCAGUUGUUAUAAGGAUGAGAAUUUGUUUACUUGAUUGUAAAUAACAUCUGAGUGUAAAUAGGUAUAUAUUUAUAGGGGUGUUUAGUCUUUUGACAGUAUUAUGUUACUGUAUUAUAUUAUUGAUUGUUGAAACCUGAAGUGUUGCCAGUUCAAGAGCUGUGAUUCAAAUUUUCUUUGUAUGAAGUUUUUACAAGAAGUUGUUCUGGUCCAAAAAAAGUUUGGUUCGCUUGGUUUUUCUUCACUUGACCCGUAACACAGAUGCUUUACAGACUGAAACAGCUGCACCUUUGGUCUAACAUCUGUCUUUGUACCAGGGAUACUGUAAAGUGACGGCAGUGUUUGUUGCAGUUGCCACAGUUACUCACUGGGAGUCGUCAGCAUUAUGUCCCUGAUGUCAAAGUCCAUGCAUCCACAGGAAUUGUUCUGGAGAGAAGAUUUCUACCCACAUGAUGUCUGCUACAGUGGCCUUGACCUCUUUGUUUUUUUAUUUUUAAUGUUUCCCUCUUUUUUGCAGCACCUGCCUGUCAGUGUGGGCGGUGGAAACUCGAUUACUGGCUUAUUGAUCCUAGUCGAAGGGAUGAAGCUUUUCUUCAGUGUCCUGCAGUGACACUGAUUGGCCCAAUGGCCUGAUAAUGCAUGACUUUGAAAUGCCAAACACAAGUCUGACUUGAUGUCCACAGUCGGUUAAACUAAAGAUGGUGCUCUAGUUGAAAUCUGAACUUUGUUUUGACGUCCGGCUGACACACAGGUAGCCCUACAGUUUCUUCAGAAGAACGGACGAAUAAGAAAUGCAGCUUAAGCCAUUCAGAUAACAUCCACAGCUAUUACAUUUUUUGGGUUACUCUCAAACGAAGCACAGCAUUCAGGGUCCAGGUCACAGCUUGGCUCCAUGGCUGCCAUUGUCCCACAUUGCCAUUAAUCAUAUGUAACAUUUAUGGAUAUUUAACCAGCAGCAUAUCAACCAGUUGAAAUUCGCCAGUAUUCAGGCCCUUAGCUCUCCAGUGUCUUAGGUGCGAUGAGUAAAUGUUCUAAGUUGCAACAUGUGAAGCCGUCUUAAUAAACAGCUGUUUUCACACUA